AUGGCAGGAGAUAAUCUCGGUCCUAUACCGAAGGCCGCCUUCCAGGUCUCAAUUGGCAUAAUCUUCGGACUAGCCGUUGUUGCAGUAGUCGUUCGUUGUUUCGUGCUUCGUGUUUAUAUUCACAAAAAGACUCUCCAAAUUGACGAUGGAAUUCUGAUCUUGGCGACUGGCCUUAUGACUUCAGCGAUCGUUAUGCUGUACCAGAAGACAAUUGUCCCAGGGUUCUAUUUGGGUGGAUUCCCUUCCUUCAAUGGUCAACUGGAUGAAAUUCCCGAUAGCAUGAUUCAAAAGUCAUUGGACUUCCAUAAAUGGACUGUCGCUGUUUUAAUGGUGACCUGGCUUUCGGUAUGCUCAAUCAAGUUCUUCUUCCUUGCAUUCUUUUGGAAGUUGGUUGAUCGCUUGCCCGUCUGGAAAAUCCACUGGUGGAUUGUUUUCUUGUUCAAUGUUGUCACAACAAUCUUUGGCGUCCUUGUAUUCUACGUUAGCUGUCCUCAUUGGGAUAUCAAGAUGUUCUCUUGUCCUACGGGAGGAAUGAAUGGUGUCGCUCGUUAUGCAUUAGCACAAAUAGUCCUAGAUAUCCUGGGAGACUUGAUGAUUAUGGCAAUUCCAUUAUCGCUCAUUUGGAAGACUAGAAUGGGAGGAAAGCAAAAGUUCGGCCUAGUAAUAUUCUUCUCCCUCAAUUCGAUCAUGAUUGCCUUGUCAAUCGCUCGGGCCGCUGGAUCGGAUUUCACAGGUAUAAAAUAUGAUCUCUGGCAGUUAUACUGGCUUACCAUGAGCGCAAACUUCGGCUUGAUUCUCGCCUCCGGUGCCGCUUUCAGAGCAUUCUAUAUCAACCAUCGGAACAGCAGACAAUCAUCGCACAGCUGGGAGGGAAACACCAAGGAAUGGCCAAACAGCCAUGCUAACCACUCAAAUCGAUCGUUGGGUGGCGCUCAACGCAAGAGAGAAACAUUUUUCUGUGACAGUGGAUCGGAGACUACAAGCGGAUCUAGCUCUAAGCCUUUUGCUCUAGAUGGUUCUGGCCAGAUUUAUCGAGAGAAAGGCACAGAAUGGAAUAAUAGAUUUGACUCGAAACACUCACUGUCAAGCCAUGAUACCCACGAUGCGGAGGACUCAGAUGUCGACUUCGGCACAGCCCAGGGCUUCUUCCACAUACAACAGCCGCGGCGUGUUAUGAUUGCGCCGAGAAUGCCUAGGCUGGGAUAG